AGAUAUAUAAAGAGAGCUCUCCGUGACAGUCUGUCGUUUGCCUACUCUCUCUCUCUAGCUCACACUCAUCGCUCAUCUCCAUCGACACUUGCACACACUCAUCGCUCAGAAGCUGCGGCGCAUUCGCCAUGGCGUCCGUCGUCGACUCCGCCUGGACUUAUCUCAUAACCAAUUUUAGUGACUUUCAACUGGCAUGUCUUGGAAGUUUCUUUCUUCAUGAGAGUGUAUUCUUUUUGUCUGGACUUCCAUUCAUAUUCUUGGAAAGGGCAGGAUGGCUGAACCAGUACAAAAUUCAGACUAAAAACAACACAGUUGAUGCUCAAGAGAAAUGUAUCACCAAGCUAUUGCUCUAUCAUUUUUGUGUCAACCUACCUGUUAUGAUCUUGUCAUAUCCCGUCUUCAGAUUUAUGGGCAUGCGAAGUACCCUUCCGUUGCCAUCCUGGAAAGUGGUCUCAACUCAGAUUUUAUUCUACUUCAUCCUGGAGGAUUUCGUAUUCUACUGGGGACACCGGAUUCUACAUACAAAAUGGCUUUACAAGCAUGUCCACAGUGUCCAUCAUGAAUACGCAACACCAUUUGGAUUGACUUCUGAAUAUGCUCACCCUGCUGAGAUUUUGUUUCUUGGAUUUGCUACAAUACUUGGUCCUGCAAUCACGGGUCCCCACUUAAUAACACUCUGGCUAUGGAUGGUUCUUAGAGUGCUUGAAACCGUGGAGGCACACUGUGGGUACCAUUUCCCAUGGAGCCUCUCAAACUACUUACCUUUAUAUGGCGGUGCUGAUUUCCAUGACUAUCAUCACCGACUGCUGUACACAAAGAGUGGCAACUACUCAUCAACUUUUGUCUACAUGGACUGGAUAUUCGGUACCGACACGGGUUAUAGAAAGCUGAAGGCACUGAAAAGUGAAGGAGAAGAGAUGGCUACAAAAGACAUGUAAUACCGACGACUGAUCUUCGUUGCUGCACCGUAACAUGAUAGAUGGAUGACAGUCUUGGAGCAUCAUCUUCAAUUGUGGGAUAUGGUUCCAGAGCAUCUUGGUUGAAGAUUGAAUUUAGUUUUUUCUCGUUUUUUAUCAACAAUUUAUGCUGUGUGGAAUUAGGUUGUGGUUCGUUAUGGAUUUUUUGUGUCCUGCAUAUAACCCACAUGAAUGCAAUUCCACCUUAUUCUGAAUCA